CCGGGCUGCGGGCCGGCGGGCCUGGGCUCGCGGGGGGCGGCGCCGCCGCGGGGAGGAUGCUGCUCGCCGUGCCCGCGUCCUCGCCGUCCUCCCCGGCCUCCCGCGGGGGCUUUGUUGUGGCCCGGGUGCCGCGGGCGGCCGGCUGGUGAAGUGGCUCUCCGCCGCCGCACCUCGCGGGCGGGAGGGCGCGCGUGUGCCCGGGGGUGCGCGCUUGUGCGCGCCGGUGUGUGCAGGACCCGACCCGCGGCCCCAUUGUGUGUCCGCUCGCGGCGCCCGGGAACAUGUGGGUGAACCCCGAAGAGGUGCUGCUGGCUAACGCGCUGUGGAUCACCGAGAGGGCCAACCCCUACUUCAUCCUGCAGCGGAGGAAGGGGCACGCGGGCGAUGGAGGCGGCGGCGGCGGAUUAGCGGGCCUUCUCGUGGGUACCCUUGAUGUUGUGCUGGACUCCAGUGCCCGGGUGGCUCCUUACCGAAUCCUUUACCAGACUCCAGACUCUUUGGUCUAUUGGACCAUCGCCUGUGGCGGUUCCAGAAAAGAAAUCACCGAACACUGGGAAUGGCUUGAGCAGAAUCUACUGCAGACACUCUCCAUCUUUGAAAACGAGAAUGAUAUCACCACAUUUGUGAGAGGAAAAAUACAGGGCAUCAUUGCAGAGUAUAACAAGAUCAAUGAUGUGAAGGAAGAUGAUGACACGGAGAAGUUUAAGGAAGCCAUUGUGAAAUUCCACAGGCUGUUCGGGAUGCCCGAGGAAGAGAAGCUCGUCAACUAUUACUCUUGCAGCUACUGGAAGGGGAAGGUCCCCCGUCAGGGUUGGAUGUACCUCAGUAUUAACCACCUUUGCUUUUAUUCUUUCCUUAUGGGAAGGGAAGCCAAGCUGGUGAUCCGGUGGGUGGACAUCACACAGCUUGAGAAGAACGCCACGCUGCUUCUGCCUGAUGUGAUCAAAGUGAGCACAAGGUCCAGUGAACAUUUCUUCUCUGUAUUUCUCAACAUCAAUGAGACCUUCAAGUUAAUGGAGCAGCUCGCUAACAUAGCCAUGAGGCAACUCUUAGACAAUGAGGGAUUUGAACAGGACAGAUCCUUGCCCAAACUGAAAAAGAAGUCUCCUAAAAAAGUGUCGGCUCUAAAACGCGAUCUUGACGCCAGGGCAAAGAGUGAGAGAUACCGUGCACUUUUCCGGCUGCCCAAAGAUGAAAAACUAGACGGCCACACAGACUGCACUCUCUGGACUCCAUUCAACAAAAUGCACAUUUUGGGGCAGAUGUUUGUGUCCACGAAUUACAUCUGCUUUACCAGCAAGGGGGAGAACCUGUGUAGCCUCAUCAUCCCACUCCGUGAGGUGACAAUUGUGGAAAAGGCAGACAGCUCCAGCAUACUCCCCAGUCCUUUAUCCAUCAGCACCAGGAACAGGAUGACCUUCCUAUUUGCCAAUUUGAAAGAUAGAGACUUUCUGGUGCAGAGGAUCUCCGAUUUCCUGCAACAGACAACCUCCAAGAUAUACUCAGACAAGGAGUUUGCAGGCAGCUGUAACAGUUCAGAUGAUGAGGUAUAUUCUCGGCCCAGCAGCCUAGUCUCCUCCAGCCCCCAGAGAAGCACGAGCUCCGAUGCCGAUGGAGAGCGCCAGUUUAACCUGAAUGGCAACAGCGUUCCCACAGCCACACAGACCCUGAUGACCAUGUAUCGGCGGCGGUCUCCGGAGGAAUUCAACCCGAAAUUGGCCAAAGAGUUUUUGAAGGAGCAAGCUUGGAAGAUUCACUUUGCUGAGUAUGGGCAAGGGAUCUGCAUGUACCGCACAGAGAAAACACGAGAGCUGGUGUUGAAGGGCAUCCCGGAGAGCAUGCGAGGGGAGCUCUGGCUGCUGCUGUCAGGUGCCAUCAAUGAGAAGGCCACACAUCCUGGGUACUAUGAAGAUCUAGUGGAGAAGUCCAUGGGGAAGUAUAAUCUGGCCACAGAGGAGAUUGAGAGGGAUUUACACCGCUCCCUUCCAGAACACCCAGCUUUCCAGAAUGAAAUGGGCAUUGCUGCUCUAAGGAGAGUCUUAACAGCUUAUGCUUUUCGAAAUCCUAACAUAGGAUAUUGCCAGGCCAUGAAUAUUGUCACAUCCGUACUGCUGCUUUAUGCCAAAGAGGAGGAAGCCUUCUGGCUGCUGGUGGCUCUGUGUGAGCGCAUGCUUCCUGAUUACUACAACACCAGAGUUGUUGGUGCACUGGUGGACCAGGGUGUCUUCGAGGAACUAGCGCGAGACUAUGUCCCCCAGCUGUACGACUGCAUGCAGGACCUGGGCGUGAUUUCUACCAUCUCCCUGUCUUGGUUCCUCACGCUGUUUCUCAGCGUGAUGCCCUUUGAGAGUGCAGUUGUGGUCGUGGACUGUUUCUUCUAUGAAGGAAUCAAGGUGAUAUUCCAGUUGGCCCUGGCUGUGCUGGAUGCAAAUGUGGACAAACUGUUGAGCUGCAAGGAUGACGGGGAGGCCAUGACUGUUUUGGGAAGGUAUUUAGACAGUGUGACCAAUAAAGAUAGCACACUGCCUCCCAUCCCUCACCUCCACUCCCUGCUCAGUGAUGACGUGGAGCCCUACCCUGAGGUAGACAUCUUCAGGCUCAUCAGAACGUCUUAUGAGAAAUUUGGAACCAUCCGGGCAGAUUUGAUUGAGCAGAUGAGAUUCAAACAGAGACUGAAGGUGAUCCAGACACUGGAGGAUACUACAAAACGUAACGUGGUCCGAACAAUUGUGACAGAAACUUCCUUUACCAUUGAUGAGCUAGAAGAACUUUAUGCUCUUUUCAAGGCAGAGCAUCUCACCAGCUGCUACUGGGGCGGGAGCAGCAAUGCGCUGGACCGGCACGACCCCAGCCUGCCUUACCUUGAACAGUAUCGCAUUGACUUUGAGCAGUUCAAGGGGAUGUUUGCUCUCCUCUUUCCCUGGGCCUGUGGAACUCACUCGGAAGUGCUGGCCUCCCGCUUGUUUCAGUUAUUAGAUGAAAAUGGAGACUCUCUGAUAAACUUCCGAGAGUUUGUCUCUGGGCUAAGUGCUGCGUGCCACGGGGACCUCACAGAGAAACUCAAACUCCUGUACAAAAUGCACGUCUUGCCCGAGCCAUCCUCUGAUCAAGACGAGCCAGAUUCUGCUUUUGAAGCAACUCAAUACUUCUUUGAAGAUAUCACCCCAGAAUGUACACACGUGGUUGGGUUGGAUAGCAGAAGGAAGCACGGUGCAGAUGACGGCUUUGUUACAGUGAGUCUCCAACCUGACAGAGGGAAGAGGGCGAAUUCUCAAGAGAAUCGUAAUUAUCUGAGACUCUGGACUCCAGAAAAUAAAUCUAAAUCAAAGAACGCAAAGGAUUUACCCAAAUUGAAUCAGGGGCAGUUUAUUGAGCUGUGUAAGACAAUGUACAACAUGUUCAGCGAAGACCCCAAUGAGCAGGAGCUGUACCACGCCACGGCUGCGGUGACCAGCCUCCUGCUGGAGAUUGGGGAAGUCGGCAAGCUCUUUGUCACCCAGCCUGCAAAGGAGGGCGGGAGCGGGGGCGGCAUCCCAGGCAUGCUCUUCCCCAAGAAAGGGCCCAGCCAGCCCUACGUGGUGGAGUCUGUUGAGCCCCUGCCGGCCAGCUUGACCGGGGAGGGUGAGGAGCACUCCCUGGGAGGGCAGAUGGAGGACAUUAAGCUGGAGGACUCCUCUCCCCGGGACAACGGGGCCUGCUCCUCCAUGCUGAUUUCCGACGAUGACACCAAGGACGACAGCUCCAUGUCCUCGUACUCGGUGCUGAGCGCCGGCUCCCACGAGGAGGACAAGCUGCACUGCGAGGACAUUGGGGAGGACACAGUCCUGGUGCGCAGCGGUCAGGGCACGGGGGCACUGCCCCGGAGCACCAGCCUGGACCGGGACUGGGCCAUCACCUUCGAGCAGUUCCUGGCCUCCCUCCUGACUGAGCCGGCCCUGGUGAAGUACUUUGACAAGCCCGUGUGCAUGAUGGCCAGGAUCACCAGUGCAAAAAACAUCCGGAUGAUGGGCAAGCCCCUCACCUCGGUCAGUGACUAUGAGAUCUCCGCCAUGUCAGGCUGACACCUGCGCCUUCAUUGGGGACGGGUUGGGGAGGGAAGGGAAGGGUUUUGGUUUUGGUUUUGGUUUUGUUUUUUUAAAUGUUCUGUGUUGGGGUUCCUUUCUCCCUUUUAAAUUAAAUAUUUAUUAGGACCCGGCUUGAAGCCUAGUGUUUUCAUAAUAUAAUACAACGAAAACUGUUGGAGAAAU